AUGGCAGCGACGCACUACUGGGAUUGUAAUGGACAGGGCUGUGACGCCACGACGCUUCAGCCGUGGAAAGAAGGAGCAGCCUACGUUUCGCCGCCGGGCUAUGGUCCUCAGGACCCCGCAGACCACGGCGGCGCAGCCUACGGGGAGCGGAUGUGGCUACUCGGCGCUGCCUCGGACAGCCUCGCUGCAAUGCUUGGCGACGACGACCCGUGCUGCGGACGCACCCCGAUACCCAGCGGCUGUGGAAACUGCCUGCUUGUGCAGAAUCCUGACGCCGUUAAUGCGGGCUGGACGGCUGUCGUGAUGAAAAAGAACCGCUGUCCGCCGUGGACCAACGGCUGCGGGGACGGCGAGCUCCAUGUUGACAUUGCGGCUCCCGGCUUCGACUUUCUGCCCGCGUCCACAGCCAACGUGUGCAGCGAGCGAGCGGGAACGGGGUUCGACAACCAGGAGCAGAGCGAACUACUCGGCCGAUGGUGGGAAAGCUGCGCCGACACGCGCCAGUGCGCUGUCUUGUGCGACCAGCUUCCGGCACCGUUCGUCGCCGGCUGCCGGCUUUUCACCUCCUGGGGCUGGACGCGCGGAGACCCGUCGCGGCUCAGGUUCAGGAAGGUGGCAUGCCCAGACGCCUUCAGAGCGCACGUCAGCGCACAGUUCGGGCCGGAGGGGCCGCAAAACUACAGCUACUGGCUGGACGGCUCGGGCGGCGACUGCACGUGUGCGCCCGGAGGCGAGGCGCUCACUUGCUCCACCAACCAGCAGGUUGUGGGGGAUGGCGGCGAGCUCCUCGGCGUGGCGCAUCCGACGCACGGCCUCAGCCCCACCCCUCUCAACACGGACCUCUUCGUCGGGAGUAGCUUUAGCUCGACUCCCACGGACUGCCUCUGCUUGCACUCCUGCAACAUCCGGGCCACGAUGGAGGACGGGCUGUUCCAGCGCGGCUCAAAUGGUGCCGUGUUCGAGUACGACAUGACGUGCAACAUCAACCCCGGCUGCGGCUGCGGCUGCUCUGCGAGCGCCAACCAGCUCACGCUGUGCCGCGCACCCGCUUAG